GUGCGCUCAGACGCCAAAAUAGGAACAAUAUAUGCUUUCUCUAUCGUUCUCUAUGGGUGGGAGAUUUCCAAACUUUUUUUUUUAUAUCUCCCUGUCAUCACAUGAACAUUGAAGAAGUGACUGGUUGCGACUUCAACUGUUUGUUGUUGUAGCUUUCGUUUAUAACCACAUUUUCAUAGCAUUUGUCCUACAGAAUGCGUUCCCUUGGACUGUGUAGUUUGAUGUUGCAUGUGAUCGUUGUUUGUUCCACGGAAUUGACGUUUGAGUUACCUGAUAACGACAAGCAAUGUUUCUAUGAAGAGCUCCAGAAUGGAGUGAAGUUUGACCUAGACUUUCAAGUGAUUGCAGGAGGGAACUAUGAUGUGGACUGCUUUGUAACAGAUCCAGUGAAUAACGUCCUGUAUCAGGAGAGGAAGAAGCAGUACGAUAGCUUCUCUCACACCACCACUAUGAAAGGAACCUACAAGGUCUGCUUCAGCAAUGAGUUCUCUACCUUCUCCCACAAGACAGUCUACCUGGACUUCAGGUCUGGAGAGGAGAGACCCCUACUGCCUGACAUGAACAGAGACACAGCCCUAACACAGAUGGAGUCGGCCUGUCUGUCCAUCCAUGAGAUCCUGAAGGUAGUGUCUGACUCUCAGACCUGGUAUCGGUUACGGGAGGCUCAUGACCGCAUCAGAGCAGAGGACCUCCAUGAGCGUGUGUCCUAUUGGUCGAUAGGAGAAACUAUAAUCCUUUUCACUGUCAGCAUUGGACAGGUUCUCAUUCUCAGGAGCUUCUUCAGCGACAAGAAGGGCAGUGUUUCAGCCAACACAUAGAUCCCACCAUUAUUAUAUAUAUAUAUGAUACAUUCUAUAAUACUGGGUUAGUGUUGCAGCCAACACAUAGAUCCCACCAUUAUUAUAUAUAUAUAUAUAUAUGAUACAUUCUAUAAUACUGGGUUAGUGUUGCAGCCAACACAUAGAUCCAACCAUUAUUAUAUAUAUAUAUGAUACAUUCUAUAAUACUGGGUUAGUGUUUCAGCCAACACAUAGAUCCCACCAUUAUUAUAUAUAUAUAUAUGAUACAUUCUAUAAUACUGGGUUAGUGUUGCAGCCAACACAUAGAUCCCACCAUUAUUAUAUAUAUAUAUAUAUAUGAUACAUUCUAUAAUACUGGGUUAGUGUUUCAGCCAACACAAGAUAUUGUAUUAUAGGUCAUCUGCAACUAGACUGUAACCUACCUUCAUACCCCACAACAAACUGUAGUCCUAUACAGUUAUAUUAAAGGACUUCAGGAACUAUUAAAUCUGUCUGCUAUUAAGACUCUAGCUUGUGGACUCUAGCCUCUGAAAAUGAAAUACUGUGGUUGCAACAGCUGUUUAGUGAUUUCAAUCAAAAUAGGUUAGCAACCUAACACCUGUGGUACACCAAGCCUUUAUUUCUUUUUGUCUCAGUGUACAUCAUUAAUUUGUGCUAUGACAUUAAUUUAUUGUGUGUAAAACGUUUUGCUGGUCUGUCUCGCCCUCUCUCUUGUACACAGUCACACACACCAUAACCCCACAAUUUGAUUUCCAUUUCAAAUCCUAUUUUCCCUUUCCUUAACCCCAACCCCUAAGCUUAAAAUAGCCUUUGUCCUUGAAUUUUCCUUGUUUUACUAUCCUUGUGAGGACUUUUGGCAAUUCCUGGGCCACUUGAAGAUAAGGGCGUGUCUUGACUAUCAUUAAAGUCAAUGUUAUAUUA